AUGACGAUCUCGUUCAAGCCCUCUACUGUGGACCAGGGAUUCAUUCUCUCGACGCCAGCGUUGAAGAAUCCAGGUGUCUCGGAUGAGGCUUUUCUUCGAAUCCUCCAAUGGCAUCUACCCCGUGAGGUCUUAUCGAAGAUCUUGCCUGACCUGCAAACCUUUGGAUGCGAGGCAAUUUCCGAUGAUACCAACCGUUUGAUUGGAAAUGCAGAGACACAGUUGCCAUACAUCAAGACUCGUAAUGUGUGGGGAGCGCGGUAUGAUACCGACUACCUGAUAACUAGCGAUGGUUGGAAAAAGCUGGGACAAUGGGGGAUUAAGAACGGUGUAGUUGGUCUCGGAUAUGAAGAGGAGUUUGGGCCAUAUCGCAGAGUCGUGCAGCAUGCAUAUAACUAUAUCUUUUCGGCGUCCUCUGCUGCCUAUUCAUGUCCUGUCUCAAUGACCUCGGGGGCUGCACGUCUAGUUCGACAUGAGAUUCAAGAUCUGCCUUCCGAUCAUCCAUUUCAUGAACUCUACGCACGUCUGAUUGCUCGCAAGAACAACUGGAUAUCCGCGCAAUGGAUGACCGAGCGUCCAGGUGGCAGCGAUGUGCGAAACAGCGAGACGGUCGCGGUCUAUUCUCCACUGCAAUCGAAGACUGGUCGCUUUGGUAACAUGGAAGAAGGAGAUUACCUCGUGUCGGGGUUCAAAUUCUUCUGCAGCGCAACCGAUUGUAAUAUUGUUUUGCUUCUUGCGAAGACCGAGUCCGGGGAGUUGUCCCUAUUCGUGGCACCAACAUCUGUCACAGUCACUGAUGCCAGUGGGAAGAAGAAGCAAGUAUCAAAUGGAAUCCGCAUCCAUCGUCUGAAGACCAAGAUGGGCACAAAAGAGCUGCCCACAGCUGAGAUUGAGCUCCAAGACGUCCGCGCCCAUUUAAUCGGCAAGAAAGAUCGCGGCAUCGCAACGAUUGCCUUGCUACUGAACACGACACGCACUCAUAACUUUAUCACGGCUGUUUCUUGUCUGCGUCGCGCCAUGGAUAUUGCCAAAGCCUUUGCCCUUGCUCGCAAGACCAUUGAUCAGCCACUGUGGACGUUCCCAAUGCAUUUGAAUGUGCUUGCUCAGCUGGAAGUAAAGCAUAGAGGCUGGCUCCAGUUAGCUUUCUUCACAUCAUCGCUGCUCGGAUUUGUGGACAACGGGUUUCCUACGCCGCUGCCUGCACAUUACAAUGUUCUCGCUAGAUCUCCCGCCACAGCAACAAUUGUUCUGCGGGCUCUGACGUCUACAUCCAAAGCCGUGAUCUGCAAAUCAUCCACAUUAGCAUUCCAAGAAUGCCAGGAAGCAAUGGGGGGUGUUGGAUAUAUGGAUGAGCCUGAAGAACCUGAGUUGAAUGUGAGCCGGCUAUGGCGCGACACAGCUAGCAACAGUGUCUGGGAGGGAACCACGAAUGUUCUCGCCAGCGAGACAGUGAGGCACCUGACGAAUCACCGCAACUUGGAUGCCUUCAGUGCCUGGGUCAACGAUUCUCUCGACCAUAUAACUGACAAUAAACUAAGAACCACUCUACAGAAUGUCUGGGUAGCUCUAGAGAAAAAGCUCGCAGCUGGUCAAGAUAGUCGUCGCCUGGCAGGUGUUCUCGGAGUUGGUCGUCAGAUAAUGUUCACUCUUGCGUGGGUGAUCAGUGGUGUAUUGCUCGCCAUGGAUGCUCAACGAGAUGGUGACGAGAUUGCCUCUGAGGUAGCUCAAAGAUGGGUCCUUGAUGGCCAAGGUGUACCAGCAGAAUUCGCAUUUGCGGAACUUCUAUAUCAGCGCCCUGCAGCCCAGCCUCGGGUUACGAGUGACCAAUGCCGGACUAUUUGGGACUGUCGCAUUGUUUGGGGAACUGACCUUCCGAUGGACUCGUCGACAGGAUAUCGGGCUAAGAUUUGA